AUAUAGUUCAUUUUUCAUUACAUUCCCUCCGGAAUCAUUCACCUCAACCGAACAUAACAUUAGAUUAGUCAGUUUUUCAAGCUUGAGAAUCUACUUCCAAUUUGAUAUAAGGUUGAAAAUAAGUUAAAGCUCCUUGUUGCUAAAUCCCAGGGCUUAACAGCAUUUUCCAAUCAGGUACAAAGACUGAACCUUUCUUGAAUUGUAUAUACAAUUACAUAUCUGUAUGUAUAAUUUGUGUUAUACUAUCUGCAAAACCUAAGAAAAGUAUAGCUACUAAUGAGCUCCUCUAAUGGCUCUAAAGCUCUCAUCUUUAAGAUUUUCCAUGAAAAUAUUAAGAUGGGUACCCUUGAAUAUGAAUUGUUCUUCACUUUCUUGUGCAAAUGAUCUUAGAAUUAGAUCCGAAACAAAUCAGAAACAGGAUGGUUCUCUUGAAUUUGAAAGGUUUUUGAAAAAUAAGCUUAGCCCGGAUAGCUUAAUCAAGGUUUUGGAUUCUGUAAAGGAUGUAAACAUUUCUCUUAAAUUGUUCAAAUGGGCUUCGCUUCAGAAAAGGUUUAAGCACAAUAUAGAUACGUAUUCUCGAAUAAUCUAUAAGUUGGGAAUGUUGGGGAUGGUUGAGGAAAUGGAGGGUUUUUGUAAAGAAAUAGUUAAGGAGCAAUGUGUGGGUUCUGAAGAAGGGCUUUUGAGAUUGUUGGAGUUAUUUGUUAAAGAACUUAGGUUGGAUGAAGCUCUACUGGUUUUUGCUAGUCUUAGGUCUAGUGGUUGUGAAAUUUCGAUUGAGGUAUAUAAUGUUUUGAUGGGUUCGCUUGUGGAGGAGAAGCAAGAUUUGAAAUCUGUGUUGUUUGUGUACAAGGAAAUGGUUAAAGCGGGGAUGGUUCCAACAGUUGAUACAUUGAAUUUUUUGUUAGAGGCUUUGUUUGAGGCUAACCAAGUGGAAAUUGCUUUAAAUCAAUACCGAAGGAUGAGGAAGAAAGGGUGUCCUCCUAACAGCAGAACUUUCGAGAUAGUUAUAAGCAGUCUUAUUGCUCAAGAUUGGGAGGAAGAAUCAUUGGUUGUUUUGAGGGAAAUGUCUGAUCAUGGUUGUGAGCCAGAUUUGAUUUUCUACACCCAUAUAAUACCUCUAUUUUGUAGGCUAAAUAAAUUGGAAGUUGGGUUGAGGCUGUUUAGAAAAAUGAGAACUUCAAAUUUUGUGCCAGAUUCAAUGACUUGUGGAGUCUUAAUAAAGUGCUUAUGUGAAAAUCUUUAUGUUGAUGAUGCAAUAGCCGUCCUCGAUGAGAUGGAACAUAUAAAUUUGCCACCACCUGAUCAUGUAUUUGUCAACAUAGUUGAUGGGUUUUGUGCAUUAAGUAAGCUUAAUGAAGCUAAAAUGUUUCUGCAAGAUAGACAUAUUUUGGGCACAUGUUUUCAUAAUGCACUCCUUAAAGGUUACUGCAGUGCUGGUUGCCUUCGUGGUGCAAAAGUUGUAUAUGAUAGAAUGGUAGAGGUGAAAAUAGAUGACUGUGAUUCAUGGAACAGCCUUCUUAGAUGCCUUGCUCUGAGUCCGGUGUUCAACAGAAGUCUGGAAGUUCUUGGUAAAAUGAUUGUUUCUUCUAUUGUUCCUGAAUGUGCCACCUACUCUGCUCUUAUAAUUGCGAAAUGUAAGGCAACUGAAGUAAAUAAUGCUAUGAACCUUUUCAGUCAGGUAUGUGCCAGAAGUUGGGUUCUGGACGAGUUCGCUUAUGCUGAAUUAAUACAAUGUCUUUGCCAAGGGGAAAAGAUUCAUGAGGCUGUUGAGGUUUUCUGUUAUAUGUCUGCUAAUAGAUGCUCACUUUUGAUGUCGUCGUUCAGUAUGCUGAUAGAUAGGCUUUGUAAGACAGGAGAGGUUGAGACCUCUGUCAGGUUGCUCUCCCUAACCAACUAUUCUGGAACAUAUUGUUCUAGUGCUACCUACAAUACUAUUAUGCUAUGUUUGUUUAAAUCAGAAAAGAUUAAUGAUCUUCGUAUAUUAGUUGCGAGAAUGUUUGUAGAAGGUUGUCCAUUUGAUGUUGAAGUGUAUUGCAUCCUGAUCCAAAGCAUGGUUGCAGCCGGACGAGCAAAGGAUUGUGUGGUGCUAUUAAACUUAAUGUUAAGUGAGGGUUUGAUACCGAAUCAUGAUACACUAGCUAAUCUGAUUUCCUUUUUGAAGAAGCGGUCUCAGUCGCAUGUGAUUUUACCUAUCAUCAGUAAAUUUUUAUCCGGACAUGAAAUAUUUGAUCCAGCUAUGUAUAAUACGCUUAUACACUGUAUGUGGAAUGAGGGUUUUAAAACUGAGGCUUCUCAUCUAUUGGAUAUUAUGUUGGAAAAGGGUUGGAUUCCAGAUGCUGGUACCCAUAAAUUGUUAAUAAGUUCCUCUGUUUCUGAGGAAAGAGAUGAAGAAAUGUCUAGACAUGAAAAUGCUUAUGUGCAAGAUAAAGUGACUAGCAUUCUUGCUGAAGGUCUAGCUUAAACUAUAUAGGCUUUUCUACACGAGGAUGAUGACGAAGCAGUCCCCAAUCCUUUCGUUAGAUGAAGAAAUGCUUAAAAGCUGCAAGUUUGAAGUGUUAACAUCAACUAUACAAGUGGGGGCUGAUUUUUAAGAAUGAAAGGCUGCAAAAAUGUCUUUACACUUCUGAAAUGAGAUGGGUUAGUUCAUCAGGAGUCCUUGUACAAAUGGAGUUGAUGAGCAGGAGCACACACUGUUGUAAGGACUCGAAUUCGUCUUUCAGCCUCAACAUCAUUUUUCCAUGUAUGCCUAAUGUUGAACUUGUAAAUGAAGAGGAUUAUUUUAACAUAGGUAAGGCUGAAGAAUGCUGUUAAAAUUGCUCUUCAGCUUUGGCUGUUGUGCGGGAGUCAUGAUGGCUAGGGAUGCCCAAUUUCUGUGACUUUGCUUACCAUCAGGAGUCAAAUGAUGGCUUGGGGCAGGUGUUUACAGAAGCUUGUUGGAUGGUUUUACGUUGUUUCAUUGUCCAAACGAAGCUUCCAUAAAUUAGAAAAUCUCUGGUAUUAGGGUCAAAUUUAAAACUUUUAUUGAUCACAUAUUCACAAUUAUACUUGUUGUCUUCAGGGCAGAGGGAGAGUGUAAUGUUGCAUGUAUAUGUUAUGCAAGAGACUGCUACGAUAAUUGAAUAUAAAAUCAUUGAACCAGAGUAACUUGUUUUUCUGAGUAA